GAAGGGACUUCCAGAGCAGCUUUGCUGUUGCAGAGGUCCUCAUUGCGCCUUCUCUGGGAAGCCAAAAUAAUGAAAAAGCGAAGAACAUAGAGACAGAAGAGAGAAAGAUCGAUGAAGAAAGUGUAACUUGCAUCCGAAGACAUCUCUCUUUCUCUCAAUAUCUCGCCUGAGUCUUGCUUAUUCAUGCUGUCUUCAACUGCUUCGCCAUUAAAGCGUUCACGGAGUCUCGCACGAGAAAUCUGGAGGUUUUUCUCACGGAAAAGUAGCAGAAAAGGUCAUCCCUUCCUCUUUAAAACCCUUACAGACCCUUCUCGUCAAACCAGAGUUCCCUGCCUCCCCUGGGUUUCUCUUAUCUCUUCUCUCUGUUUCCUUUCAGAGAUGGAGAUGAUGAAGAGCUUCGGCGGACCUGCAGUCUCUGCUCUCUAUCUUUUAGUUCUGUUGUGCAUUCCUUUCUGCGCAUUUUCCAUGUUACAACCUCUUGAUUUCUUGGCCCUGCAGUCGAUACGGAAAGCCCUAAACGACAUGUCAGGCUCGAAUUUCUUCUCCUCCUGGGACUUCACCUCCGACCCGUGCAACUUCGCCGGUGUGUACUGUGAAGCCGACAAGGUCAUCGCUUUGAACCUAGGUGAUCCCAGAGCUGGUUCUCCUGGUCUAACCGGUCGUCUCGAUCCUGCAAUCGGUAAACUUUCAGCGUUAGCCGAGCUCUCCAUUGUUCCCGGUAGAAUUAUUGGUACUCUUCCUCAAACGCUAUCACAGUUGAAGAGCCUCCGGUUUCUCGCCAUUAGCCGUAACUUCAUAUCCGGGGAGAUUCCGGCGAAUCUUGCGGAGCUUCGGAGCCUUCAAACGCUCGAUCUCAGCUACAAUCAACUGAGAGGCCAGAUUCCCCGAACAAUCGGAACUCUGCCAUCAUUAUCCAAUGUCAUUCUCUGUCACAACCAUCUGUCUGGUUCAGUCCCUCCGUUCUUAUCACGAGCCCUAACCCGCCUCGACCUCAAGCACAACGACCUCUCCGGCAUUCUCUCACCUUCGUCUCUGCCUCCGUCGCUCCAGUACCUGGCAAUGUCGUACAACCGUCUCACAGGACCGGUCGACCGGCUACUGUCGCGGCUCAACCGGUUGAACUACCUGGACCUGAGCAUGAACCAGUUUACGGGCAUUAUCCCGGGCAAUCUCUUCUCAUUUCCUAUCACGAACCUUCAGUUACAGAGGAACCUGUUCAGCGGCCCUGUUCGACCGUGGAACCAGGUCAGAAUCCGGACAGUUGAUCUUAGCUACAACCGGCUGUCCGGGGAGAUAUCUCCAUUGUUCUCGACCGUUAAGAAACUGUAUCUCAACAACAACAAGUUCAUGGGGCAGGUCCCGAGCAUCUUCGUCGAAAGGCUAUUAGCAGCGGGCAUAGAGAUACUGUAUCUACAGCACAAUUACCUGACGGGAAUCCAGAUUAGUCCGGCGGCCGCGAUUCCCGUCAGUAGUUCGUUGUGCUUGCAGUACAACUGCAUGGUCCCGCCGGCGCAGACUGCUUGCCCGCUUAAAGCAGGGAAGCAGAAGACAAGGCCUACAUCGCAGUGCAUCGAGUGGAAGGGUUAAUUAAGCGAGUUCAUUCACUGAGGGAAGAUCAGAAUUGAUUUAUUUCUUUUCUGGCAAGGUUUUGAUUCUUUUCUUUCUUUCUUCCUUUCCUUUUUCUUAAUUUAUAUAUUAAUGAGUGGAAAGAGCAAAGCAAUAAGUUGCUAUUACUCUGUAGAUAUUGAUACUCAGAUCAGGUGGAAUUCAUGUAAUCUUUGAGUGUUAUUUUGUAAGAUUUUAAUUAAUUUUUUGGAGAUUAUAUUGAUUCCAUCUUUUUUUUU